CGUCGUUGAAACCUUCAGCUGUCAGACUUUGGCCACCCCGGUGCAGGUUGCGUUAGCAAACUCUCGCGUACUGUUGAGAUUUAUAAAAAGUUGUGCAUCCAUCUGCUUAUCGUCAUUUUAUCGCGGAAACUUUUCGUUUCCGCAUCAAGCUUGCAGGAGCUCUAACCGCCUCAUUUUAACUGCCGCUGGAUGUGCAGCGAUCCUGAGCGGGUGUAAGGGUAAAUCUAAGGGAGGGAGGGAGUAGGGAAGAAGAAGGAGGAAAAAAAAAAGCCAAGUCUUUUGUACUUCCCUUCCCCCCCAUCAAAGCAAAGGGGAAAUGUCUCUCUCCAAAGGAGGCAGGAAAAAGGUGCCUGGGCCGAAGCUGCCCAAAGAAGUUUUCAUGUCUCCUCAACCAACAGCUGCAGCGCCCCCUCGAGACCUCGAUUCAAAGGCUUGUGUCACAAUCGGCGAUCAGAACUUUGUGGUGAAGGCGGAUGACUUGGAGCAGAUUGAAGAGCUGGGGAGAGGAGCAUACGGAGUUGUGGACAAGAUGAAACACGUACCCACCAACGUUAUCAUGGCCGUCAAGAGGAUUCGUGCCACCGUGAAUACUUUGGAGCAGAAGAGGCUGCUCAUGGACCUGGACAUUUCCAUGAGGACGGUGGACUGCCACUACACUGUGACCUUUUAUGGCGCCCUAUUUAGAGAGGGUGAUGUCUGGAUCUGUAUGGAGCUGAUGGACACCUCCUUGGAUAAAUUUUAUAAGAAUGUUAUUGAAAAAGGCAAAACCAUUCCUGAGGACAUCUUGGGCAAGAUUGCAGUAGCAAUUGUUAAAGCAUUGGAGCAUCUGCACAGAAACCUGUCGGUGAUACAUCGAGAUGUGAAGCCUUCCAAUGUUCUAAUCAAUACUCUGGGCCAAGUGAAAAUGUGCGACUUUGGCAUCAGCGGCCACUUGGUGGACUCUGUGGCCAAAACCAUGGAUGCUGGCUGCAAGCCUUACAUGGCGCCUGAACGGAUCAACCCGGAUCUUAACCAGAAAGGCUACAGUGUCAAGUCAGACAUUUGGAGUCUGGGCAUCACUAUGAUCGAGCUGGCCAUUUUAAAAUUCCCCUAUGACUCAUGGGGCACCCCGUUCCAGCAGCUCAAGCAGGUGGUGGAUGAGCCAUCUCCCCAGCUGCCUGCAGACCGCUUCUCUCCAGAGUUUGUAGACUUUAUCUCACAGUGUUUAAGAAAGGCGCCAAGGGAAAGGCCAGCUUACACAGAGUUGAUGAAUCAUUCAUUUUUCACCCUUCAUGACUCCAAAGAGACAGAUGUGGCCAGUUUCGUCAAGGUCAUCCUGGAUGCCUGAUGGGCUCCCUCCAGGCUCCACCUUACGCUAGUGUGGGCGGGACCAUUUAGCACACGAACCAAUGGCCCUGCUUCUUUGUUUUUGUUUUUUUAAACUCACUGGAAUGACAGACUUUUACGGCAGGGGGAGGACACAAAGACUGCCAGCAGUAUCUGGAGUGGGAGAGCGUUGCAAACAAACUGAUACGAUGGAGAUUUCUGUCACUCCUCUAGGCUCUCUGUGCAAACAGGUGUAACCCUCCCCCCGCCCCCAUACGUCGAACAUUUUUACUUUUGACUUCGACCCCUUCAUGCGUCUUUUGAAGGUGGACAGAGCCAACAGCCAUUUGUUUGCAGCGUAAAAUGUUUGCAUACUUUUGAGUUUUACCUUCCGACACAAACCAUACAUUUUGUGUACUGAAAGCUAUAUAUGCCAAUCUGUUUUUCCUCAUUACUCAAAGGUUUGAUACUGUAUUUUGUCAAGUGUGAAUUUUACCAAACUGUGGCCUUGUUGGAGCGCCCCAGAUGGGAUGGGUCAGAGCCUUGGGGGCUGCCUUUGAAGGGAUCGGAAACAAACACGUUAGAAAUGUCAAAGGUCACUUUCUGGGCAGCGUGCCGGUGGCAAGGCGGGAAUGCAAAGCCUGCUAUAACAUCAGCAAGCCGAGGCAUUGACGUCGCAUCGACUUAUUUUGUAUUCUUCUUUCAUCAGCGCGAGCUCCAGUGUUGUGAUUGGAACUACCUGGAAGUAUUCAGGGGUUGCCCAGUCAAGCUUUCAGCUUUAUCUGUUCCUAUGUGCCAUUUAUUUUGCAAAUGUAAACAUUAAUUGAUGCAUUAAUUGUUUAUUUUGUUCUCUUUUGGGCUUAUCCUGUUUUUUUUUUGAGUACAGAAGAAUUUAAACUCUUCAAUCUUUACCCCAAUGCCUCAGUUCUGGUGUCGGUGUAACCUUUUUUUUUUUUUUAACGAGGCACUUCUUUGUGUGUUUGUUCCUGCGUUUCUCAUGGCUUACAAAGACAACAUGUUAGGGAAAUAAUUUAUGAGUUAAAGAUGUAAAUAUUGUCUUUUUAUGGAAAAUGGCACUGUCCCAGAUGAUCUGAAUGGUUGGUGUUAGUUUUUAAGAUCGUGUGACUUGCAGGCAUUCACCUGCACCUGUUUCGGAUCGAUGUGCUGUCAGGCUCCACCUCUCAGGUUUCCAGUAGUUUGCGGAGGCGGCCCAGUUCCUUGUUUAUCGCCCCCCCACCACCGCAGGUUGUGCACACCUCCAGCACUGGACCAAGAUCCUCAUUUUAGCCCGUGCAGGGCAACAGUUCUCUGUUUGGUCAGACCGUACUAUGCAGAAAUACCCAACAUGGACACGGCAAAAGCCCUCGGCUGUUGUGCUUGGAGACUAAGGAUAAAGAUGGCACCGGUGGGUCCUCGGGUUCCCACUGGUUUUCUCAGCAUUUUCAGUGAGUCGGGAGUAUUUAUGAUUGUGAAUAAUAAGGGAAACUUAGUGCCACCACAAGGAAGCUGCUGUUAUUUCUUCUUCUUUCUGUUGGCCAUCUUUUGAUGUAAAUGUGUUUGAAACACCAAUAAGAAUGGAACACUUGCUCUACCUCUUCAUCCUUCACUCUGUGCACCACCUCCUCACUGGGUGGAACUGACAAACUUGAACUACAUAAAAGACAAAAAAUAAAAGCUUUAUUCAGUAUAUUUAAAA